GACAUACAACAAUAUGGAGAGAACAACAAGCCAAUUUAAACAAAAUCAGAAAUUCAUUAUAUAAUCUACGAGUCGUUACAAGUUGUGAUGAAUUAGAGAUGACAAAUCAUCAUCAUUAUUAUCAAAAAGAACAUGAUAUGGUAGUAAUUGUGUUGGUAGUUGGGGAAAUUGUGGAGAAGAUACAAUAUGGAAUCACUAUAGAAAUACAAACUGCAAUAGCUACAGAUACAAGUGGGCAGCUUGUGUUCAUUGAAUUCAAUAAGUCAUUCUUUAUUAAUUUGAAUAAUUUAUUAAUACCAAAGUCCAUAUUGACCAUAAUCAACUUAAAGCAUACUGGUUAUGAUUCAAAUCAUCAAGUCCACAUACUUUCGACAUGUGAUGAGACAGGGAUCAGACAAUUUCCUCAUGAAGAUUACUUGAAACAAGCUAAAUUAAGACUUGAAUCUUGGGUCAAAGUCAAUGAGUCAGUUCUUAAUGUUUUUGAAUCUAAUGCACAAAAUUUAUAUAAAUCAUUUUCAUCCUGCUCUUCUAUUUAUUAUAAUUAA